UUUAUUAGUUUUUGUACGUAAGUGUACCAUGAACUAUUUUUAACGUGGUUUUCGGCUUGCUGGUGAAAUAUUAUUUCGCAGUGUCACAAAGAACGGGAAGCAAGCAUUUUAAUCGCACACUUACAAGUGUGUUUCUACACCAGGAAGAUUUACAAGAAUGAAAGCAAAAUAAUGCGUUUUGUGAAGUUAAGAUAUGACAUUGGAUUAAAACAGCAGAUUUUGGUGCAUCACUAUGUUAGCCAUUCCAUUUGCCAUAGAUUCACUUGUAAUUAAACUGAUUUGUUUUUAUGAUGAACGAAAUAACGUGAACUGCAUAUAUUCUGUUCGGGGACUACUGUGAGUGAAGAGAUAAGUGUACUAGUGAGACUUUAGAUACAUUUUAAGUCAAAACCGUUCCUCGCAGUUUUAUAGUAAUUUUGAUUAAAUUAAAAUCAAAGUAUUUUGUGGUGCAAAUCAAAACUUUGGCUUUAUUUUGAAAUAAAAUGCUGAAGUGAUCUUAAGAUUUACAUGAUAGAUGGUGUUAGUAAUUAUGUUUGUUCUAUCAUCAACAUCCAAGUUGAUAGCUCAAUAGGAUAAUAAAAGGAAAUACAAUGAGUUCUGUGCUUAAAGGACUGGUAAGUCGUAACAAACGACGAUUUCAGGAAGAUGGAUUUGAUUUAGACCUGACCUAUAUCUACCCUAAUAUAAUAGCCAUGGGCUUUCCGGCAGAGAAGCUGGAAGGUGUCUACAGGAACAAGCUAGAUGACGUUCUCAGGUUUUUGGAUACGCGGCACAAAGGGCACUACAGAGUUUAUAAUUUGUGUUCAGAAAGAGUUUAUGAUGGCUGCAAGUUCCAUAAUCGUGUUGUGCUUUUCCCAUUUGACGAUCACCACCCUCCACCCAUUGAGCUGAUCAGGCCAUUUUGUGAUGACCUUGAUGCAUGGCUGAUGAUGGACGAGAAAAAUAUAGCUGCAAUUCACUGUAAGGCAGGCAAGGGCCGGACUGGAGUGAUGAUCUGUGCCUAUCUACUACACAGGCAGAAGUUCUUGGAUGCUACCAAAUGCCUCGAGUAUUAUGGGAAGACUCGAACACGCGAUGGAAAGGGUGUGACUAUACCAAGCCAGAGGCGUUAUGUCGAGUAUUACGGCCACUUGCUCACGCACAAUUUGGAGUACAAGAAAACAGCAUUGAUUAUGACUGGUGCAAAGUUCAACAGCCUACCUCAGUUAAACAGCGGACCUUUCAGUGUGAUGUACGAUGUUUACUGCUCGGGUGUGAAGCUUGGCUCAUCACAAUUGUAUGAAAUGGAUGUUCCAAAAGAUAAAAAGGAAAGAAAUAAGGAACAGAAAAUGAAUCUGCCAAAGGGCAUAGUUGUGUGUGGGGAUAUAUGUGUAGACUUCUUUCACAAACCACUUCGUAUUGGCAGCAAAAAGGAGCGCAUAUUCCAGUGCUGGUUCAACACAUUCUUCGUGGAGGACACCAACAUCCGUGAUCACGGCCAGCGUAUGAGGUACAUCACCAUGGCCAUGAAGAAAGCAGAACUGGACAAGGCCAACAAGGAUAAAACUAACAAAAUAUACUCACCAGAAUUCAAGGUGGUGUUUUUCUUUGAGACAAUAAGUGAUGAAAUUCUUGGCAAUGGCAGUCUACCACAUGCACUCACAACAGAUGGUAUAUACCCAGUCAGCUCCCGUGGCAGGGAAAGUAAUAUCGCAGCCUAUCAGAAACUGAGUGAUCUCGCUAAAAACGAUCAAAGCAAAUAUUCCACUGUUGUGGAAGAUCUGUCAGGGUUGACUGUUGGAAGUGAUGUAGUGUGGACUGUGAGCGGAACAGAUAACCACAUUGCGGCAAACGGGCGAAGUAUACCCCCCUCCUCUCAAUCCAUGACCCAGUUUAAUGAGCAUGAUCCCAAUCUUAGCGUUCACAGGAGAAACCCUGGUUCUAAAACUGGUUUGGGGAAAACAUCCCCUGCCGUGGACCGUAGGGGUAACCUUAUGCAUGCAGAAAGUGAGUCGUCCAUGGACACUUUUACCUCGUUGGACCAGGAAGAUGAUUUCUCUGACAGUGAUACAGAUGAUGAGUGGACAGGGUGUGAUGUGUCGGCCGUGUAGCCUAUUAAUAUGACAACCGAAGUUUGUGUUUCCCUGUGAUCAAAAGUAUAAUUCCAAUAAUCUAAAGCUCAUAUAACAUCAUUGUAAAAUACCAUUUUCAGAUGUUUAUCAGACUUGUAUUUUUGCUCUAUAUUUCAUUUUAUCAAAAGAGUUAAUCAAUUUAUAUCUGAACAUCACAAACAUAGUGUGUCUUUUUUUUUCCCACUGAAGAGAUUUUGUACAGAAAUGUGUUGAAACUCUUGAUAGUUAUUGUUAAUUUUAGAUCUUCUAAAGUGUAUUGCCCAAUAUACACCUUUGUUACAAAUGUAUUUAUUUUUAUAAACAAAUAUGAACAUGGGUAAAGAAGGCGGCUUGCAUUAGUUUUAGCUUACCUGAGCACAAAAUGCUCUCCUGCGCACAAUCUUCUCAUGAUGAGCUUUUGUGAUUGCCUUUUUCUGUUGUUUGUUGUAUUUCGUAAAUUUUUACCUUGUCAACACUCUAGGAGCCACAUUUUAUAUCUAAUAUUCAUGAAAAUUGGUAAGAACAUUUGUCUGAAUUGUAUCUUUGCCAAGUUUGAAACUGGGUCAUGUGACAGAGGUAAAAAAAACUCGUUCACUUUGUAAAUUAGAAGAAAAAGCUUGUUAACACUGUAGAAAGCACAUUUAUAGUCCUAUAACAUGAUACCUGGUCAGAACAUUUGUUCUAAUGAUAGCUUAGUUUGAAAAUGGUUCCAGUCUAUGGAAAAAUAUAGGCGCCUGAAGGUUGGGCAGUUUUCCUUGUAUAGCACUUGUGAAACCUUGUAAACAAUUUUGAAAUCACAUUUUUAUUCCAAUUUUCGUCAGAAUAUUUUGUCAAAUGAUGUCUUGGCUGUGUAAAAAAAAUGGUUUUGGUCCAAUGAAACACUUUUCCACCGGGGGGUGAAGCAGUUUUCGUUACCUGUCUUCAGUCAGUUCUUUUAAACACUGUCAAAGUCACACUUUUUGCCCAAUCAGUAUGAAACUUGAAUAAAACAAUUAUUAUGACAUCUCUGCAAAGUUCAACAUGAUUUAUAAGCUACGUCCGAAGCCACAUUCAUGAGACAAAUAUCUCAAAUGGUUUAGUUCCAUUUGGUCUCCGGUGAACAACACAGAGCCUUUGGCCUUCAUGUUAACGGUAAAUAUUUCAACAUUCUAAACACAAAAAUUGACAAUAAAUCCAUUACACAGUUACCAUUGUUUCCAUAAACAUCAGUAGGUCAUCUUGAGGUUUAUAAUCAAUAAUGAAAAAAAUCAAAAUACAUUUUCUAUUAACAUUGGCUCUAAAAUCAAAGUGCUUCCACCUUCAACUUUGAAACUUCAUAUGUAGAUGCACCUUGAUGAGUUCUACACGCCACACCCAUUUUGGGGUCACUAGGUCAAAGGUCUAGGUCACUGACCUCUGGAAAAAAAAAAUCUGACAAGCUUUCAUUUAUUCAAAACUGCACCCGUAGCCGAGCGCGGCACCCGUUAUGCGAUGCUCUUGUUAUUGAAUUGAGUUUGCUAGAGUGUGAUAUACAUUUCCAUGGUAAUCUUUUCCUUAGCUGUGCGAUUGUCAAUCGGUUGGAUCUUCCUUCUGUUGCACAUCAUUUUCCUAAUGAGAUUUCAGACACUAAUUAUCCGAAUUUGAUGAAAAUAUAAGCACCUACUUUAUAGGGUAGACAGAAACUAGAGAUCCCCACUUGAUGCAACUUUAUAUUCAUUGUCCUAAUAGGGCUCAUUGGGUCAUUGUCGACCUGAAAUGGCUUGAAGUCACCCGGGGGUGACUAGAAGCCGAUUUUUGUUACCCUAGGGUGACUUCAAGCCGAUUCAUGUCGCCCUGGGGUGACUUCAAACAGACCGGGUGACUAGAAUCGGCUUGAAGUCACCCCAGGGUGACAUGAAUCGGCUUCUAGUCACCCCCGGGUGACUUCAAGCCAUUUCAGGUCGACAAUGAGCCCUCAUAGGGUGGACCCCACAUAUUGGUUGUUCCACUUUAAGGAGUUUAAUAUUGAUCCUUCACAUGUACUGUGCAAGAUCUCUGGUAGUUAUUAGUCAAUUUUAUUUUUUUAUGCAACUUUUCUACAAAGGGAUAAAUGUUAGGUUGAUACUGUCAUUUUAGGUUCUGGCAGAGCACAUAAUCGGGAAGUAUCUUUUAGUUUUAUUGAUAUUUUUAUGCCCCCAUUUCGAAGAAAAGGGGGUAUAUAGUUUUCGCACUGUCCGUCGGUCGGUCGGUCACACUUCGUGUUCGCUCUCUAAUUCAAAUAGUUUUCAUCCGAUCUUUACCAAACUUGGUCAGAAGUUGUAUCCAGACAAUACCUAGGUCAAGUUUGAAUAUGGGUCAUGCCGGGUCAAAAACUAGGUCACGGGGUCACUUAGUGCAUUUCAAGGAUUUAGCAUGGUGUCCGCUCUCUAAUUGAAGUAGUUUUCAUCUGAUCUUUACUAAACUUGGUCGAAGUUGUAUCAAGACAAUAUCUAGGUCAAGUUCAAAUAUGGGUCAUGCCGGGUCAAAAACUAGGUCACUGGGUCACUUAGUGCAUUUCAAGGAUUAAGCAUGGUGUCCGCUCUCUAAUUGAAGUAGUUUUCAUCUGAUCUUUACUAAACUUUGUUAGAAGUUGUAUGUAACAAUAUCUAGGUCAAGUUCAAAUAUGGGUCAUGCCGGGUCAAAAACUAGGUCACGGGGUCACUUAGUGCAUUUCAAGGAUUAAGCAUGUUGUCCGCUCUCUAGUUUAUGUGGAUUACUGAUUAAUUUUGAUAUUCUAAGACAUUUUUAUGCCCCAGAAGAAGGGCAUAUAGUGAUCGGACUGUCCGUUCGUCUGUCCGUCCGUCUGUCCGUCACACUUUGCGUUUAGAUUUCGAAAAAUGCUCAUAACUUCUAUGUCCCUUCAGAUAGCAAUUUCAUAUUUGGCAUGCAUGUGUAUAUGGACAAGGCCUUUCCAUACGCACACAAAUUUUGACCCUGUGACCUUGACCUUGAACUUAGUGUCCGUGUUUGGGUUCGAAAUCUGCGUUUAGGAUUUGAAAAAAGCUAAUAACUAAUACCAAGCGUUUACACAGUUAUACUUUUAUGUAGUGACAAUGUUACAGUUGGGGGCAUCCGUGUCCUGUGGACACAUUUCUUGUUGUGUGUUUUUUGCGUAGUGAAUUGUUAAUAUUGUAAUUAAAAAGCUGCAUGUGUGUUAAAAGCGUACUUCCUUAUAUGCGGUUAAGAUUGAUUUUGUUAAGUGGUUUCUCAAUUGUCUGACUCAGUAAUUGUUAAAGAAAUUGUGCUAACACAUAGGGCAUCACUGAGUAUAAUGUUAAGUUUUGAUAUUGGUUUGAUGAAUGUAAAUAUAUAUAUUUAGUAUUUUGUUGUCAAAAUAGGGAGAUGAAAAACACUGUUAUGUAUAUUGUCAAAAUGAAUAUUUGAAUCAUUCAGUUUAAAAGCUUUUAUCCUUUUAGCUCACCUGAGCACAAUGUGCACAUGGUGAGCUUUUGUGAUCAUCAUUUGUCAGUCCUUAGUCGUCUGGCAUGCGUCAUCAAUAUUUGCCUUGUUAACACUGUAUAGGCCACAUUUAAUGUCAGAUCUUCAUGAAGUUUGGUCACAAGAUUUGUGCCAAUGUUAUCAUGGAUGAGUUUGAAAAUGGUUUUGGUUGGUUGAAAGAACAUUGCUGCCAGGGAAGGAGUAUUUUUCCUUAAAUGGCUAUAGUAAAACCUUGUUAACACUCUAUAGAGGCCACAUUUAUUGUCCGAUCAUCAUGAAACUUGGUCAGAAGAUUUGUCCCAAUGAGAUAUUGGAAGAGUUUUAAAAUGUUUCCGGUUGGUUGAAAAACAUGGCCGCCAGAGGGUGGGGCAUAUUUCCUAAAAUGGCUAUAUUUAUGGCUUUAGUAAAACCUUGUUAACACUAGAGGCCACAUUUAUUGUCCAAUCUACAUGAAACUUGGUCAGAAGAUUUGUACCUAUGAUAACUUGGAUGUGUUCAAAAAUUGUUCCAGUUGGUGGAAAAAUAUGACCACCAGGGAUCGGGCAUUUUUCCUCAAAAGGCUGUAUAGUAAAAACUUGUUAGAACUCUUAGUCACAUUUAUUGUCCAAUCUUCAUGUAACUUGGUCAGAAAAUUUGUUCCUAUGAUAUCUUGAAUGAGUUCGAAAAUGGAUGUGGUCUUUUGAAAAACAUUGCCAUCAGGGGGCGGGCCAUUUUCCUUAUAUGACUCUAUUAAAACCUUGUUAACAUGUAUUGUCUGAUCAUUAUGAAACCUGGUCAGAAUAUUUGUCCCAGUGAUAUCUUGGACGAGUUUGAAAUGGUUUCGGUUGAUUCAAAAACAUGGCCGCCAGGGAGCGAGGCAAUUUUCCAUAUAUUGCUAUAGUUAAACCUUUUUUUAACACUCUAGUGUAAGUCACAUUUAUUGUCUAAUCUUGAUUAAGCUUGGUCAGAACAUUUGCUUUAAUGAUAUAUUGGUGGAGUUCCAAAAUGGUUCUGGUUGGUUGAAAAACAUUGCCGCCAGGGUGCGGGGCAGUUUUUAACCAGGUUUUCCGAAGGAAAAAACUGGUUAUUAGAUUGGCGAAUGCGGGCGGGCUGGCUGGCGGGCUGGCGGGCGGGCGGAACAAGCUUGUCCGGGCCAUAACUUUGUCGUUCAUUGUGAGAUUUUAAAAUCAUUUGGCACAUUUGUUCACCAUCAUGGGACGGUGUGUCGCACGAAAGAAUCAUGUCAAUAUCUCCAAUGUCAAGGUCGCCACGACUAAAAAUAGAUUUAUUUUAAAACAAACUUACAAAGGGGGUUAAUUUUGUUUGUUCAUUUCAAAAGUUCAGUUUGAGUUGUCUCUUUAUCAGAUUUUUUUUCACAAUGAAAACCUGGUUUUGUGACAAUUUUGUCCCUGUUUUUUUAUUGCUAUAGUAAAACCUUGUUAGCACUCUCAACGUUACAUUUAUUGUUCACUCUUCAUGAAACUUGGUCAGAACAUUUAUUCUAAUUUUAUCUUGGGCUGCACAGAACAGAUCAGUUCCUUUGUAUCAUAGGUGAGCGACUUUGGACCUUUCAGGUCCUCUCGUUUAUCAAUUAGAAAUUAAUCUUCUUAAAGUUUAUGUACAAAAAAAUAGUACUAUCGAUGCAAAAUUCACUUAGGAAUAUCUAUUGAUUUCCACGGUAAAUGACAUGAUUUUCUCUACAACUGAAACUGAAAGGUCACUUAAGGAGGCAGCAAAUCAACCAUAAUCAAAGUUCAUUAUUAUACUUGUCACCUAAAUUUACCGGUAUCUGGUAGCCACAAUUUUCUGCUCUAUUAUUCUUUUAAACAAACAAAAAUGCGUAUCAUUUCUGUUACAUGUGACAUUUAGCAAAAGAAAGUAAUAAGUCAGGCUGCGGACAAGUGUGGUUGAAAAUAUAUUAGCCCCUCUCUGGAGAAAAGCAGGCUCAAUACAUGUGGAUAAAGUAUGGUUCCAGAUAAGCCUGUGAAAUCUGCAGGGACAACAACAGGAUGACCUGGGACAACAACAGGAUGACCUGGGACAAUACUUUCCACACAUGCAGUAAGCCCAAUUUUCCCAUUGAUGUUGUUAAUGAAGACAGUCAUUUCAAUCCUAUUUGUGUUCAUUGUUUUGACAGGGAAACCUAUAUUUAAAGUCAUUGCCUCAUUUACUUGUAUUACAAACAUGUCAUUUACCUGUUAAAAUAUAACUGAUGUGAUGUUUUUUGCUCAUUUCUUGAAAGUUUGUUUGAGUUUUACCAAAAAUGCUGCUUCGUAUAUUUUCCUUUGCAGUUUGCUUUAUAAAUAUGUAUAAAAUAAUACCAAAGCUGCGAAAAUGCACACUUUAACUUUAAAAUCAGGUAAAAAAACUAUUGGACCAUCAUGGGUUUUCAUAAUGGACUUUGAAACUGUAACUUGUUUGUGAAACAAGAACCAAUGCCCAUUCCUUAUUUUGAGUAAUUCGUAAAGUUAUGAAUGCUUUUAUUGUUAACAAAGUGAACGUGGUUCUCUAAAAAGCAAGUGUUAGGUUAUUGAUAGUAUUAUAUUCUUUCUUUUGUUUUACUAAUGUUCGAAUGCUUAUGUCCCAUAAGUUUAAAAUGUGUUAGGUGAGGAGCUAUGCAUUCUGGUAUUGAGUCAAGCAAGAUUGUGUGGUCUCAUUACCCCACAGCGUGGCUCCUGACCAGACUUAACCCAUGCUCAGGCUGGUCUGGAGCUACGUUGGCCGCACCCAUUUUUGUAUUACACAGUUGACAGUUCAUUUUCAGAAAAAAACAUAAAAUAAGCAACAAUUUUUAGGGGUAAUUGUUACUUUGUCCGAUGUGAAGAUUACCGUGCACACUGUACUAUGUUGCUAUUGUCAUGCUGUGACAUUCACAGUUGUCUUGUAACAGGCUAUGGGUAAUUUUUCCAGAACAUCAUGUUGUGAGUUGCCUUUCUGCAUUUUACAUGUACUGUGUUAACUUAAAUAAUUGUUAGUGGUUAAUAAUUACCAACACAUUAAUAAGCAUUAUGUAGCUUUAUUGUAACAAGAUGUUCAAGCUAAUUUGUUUUUUUUAUAAUAUCCAAAAAAGAAGUUUAAAAAUCAAUAACUUGAGUGAUAAUACAUUUUUAUUUUAAUUUGUGAUGCUUAUGAGAUUGUGCCCCUAACGUUUGUCGGUUUGUACAAUAUUGACUCCCAUCCUGAAGUUUGUUGAUAAUUUAUAACUGGCAUCUCAUUAUUGUAUCUGUUUUGUUAUUGCCAUCAGAUUAUGUUUGAAAUGAUAAAUAAUUAUUUAGUAAAUAAAAUGAAUACGUGA